ACCAAACUUAAUAGUGUCCAAAAAUGGCCGAGGGAAAAGGAAGAGUUUGUGUGACUGGAGGUACAGGUUUUGUUGGUUCAUGGAUCAUCAAGAGUCUUCUUGAAAAUGGUUACUCUGUUAAUACCACUAUUAGACCUAAUCCAGCAGAACGUAAGAGGGACCUAAGCUUCCUCACAAACCUUCCCGGUGCAUCCGAAAGGCUACAUUUCUUCAACGCGGAUCUAAGCAAUCCAGAAAGUUUCACCGCGGCAGUUGAAGGAUGCGUUGGGAUAUUUCACACGGCAUCACCGAUUGACUUCGCCGUGAGUGAACCUGAAGAAAUAGUGACAAAAAGAACUGUUGAUGGAGCAUUAGGAAUUUUAAAAGCAUGUGUAAACUCAAAGACAGUGAAGAGAUUCAUCUACACUUCAAGUGGCUCCGCUGUUUCAUUCAGCGGCAAAGAGAAAGAAGUGUUGGAUGAGAGUGAUUGGAGUGAUGUUGAUUUGCUUAGAACUGUUAAACCAUUUGGUUGGUCUUAUGCAGUUUCAAAGACUCUAGCAGAAAAAGCAGUGCUUGAAUUCGGCGAACAAAAUGGGAUUGACGUUGUUACUUUGAUUCUUCCUUUUAUUGUUGGUCCUUUCAUUUGUCCUAAACUUCCUGAUUCUAUCGACAAAGCUCUUGUUUUGGUCUUAGGUAAAAAGGAACAAAUUGUUGUGACACGUUUUCACAUGGUACAUGUGGAUGAUGUUGCUAGAGCACAUGUAUAUCUCCUUGAGAAUCAUGUUCCUGGAGGAAGAUACAAUUGUUCACCAUUCAUUGUAACUAUUGAAGAAAUGUCUCAAUUUUUUUCAGCCAAAUAUCCAGAAUUUCAAAUACUAUCAGAAGAUGAAUUGAAGGAAGUUAAAGGUGCAAGGUUACCACAUUUGAACUCGAAGAAACUCGCGGAGGCUGGUUUCGAAUUUAAGUAUAGCGUUGAUGAUAUGUUCGACGACGCGAUUCAAUGUUGCAAGGAAAAAGGCUAUCUCUAAGUGUUGUGUAUGGAAGUUCAUGGUGCAAUAUGUUGUAGUUAUGAAGUUGAGAAAAUAAUGAAAUGUCUAAGAUCAAUGAUGAUAGUUACGGAGAAACAGUACAAUAAGUAUAAAACUAUUUUGUAACCUUCAUCUGCCUUGUAUACACAUGCUGUAUUGUAAGUAUGUUGAUAUUUUUUCAUAAAUGUAUACAUACUGUAUGUUAUAUACCCAUUCUAAAAAGAAUAUAACGCAAAUAAUCCCAAGACACACACAAUCAUAUAUCUUUUCAAAAUCCACCUUCACCACUAAACACUCCUUAUUGAACAUUUUAGCAUAAUCCAACAAAUAACCAACAAACAAACGGUCUUUUCAAAGCUCUUAUUUCUGCUGAAUCAAAUAACCAACAAACGGUCUUUUCAAUCUUGCUA